AUGCUACUAAAUGCACCCUUUCGAAGCACGCUUCGAGGCUCGAAUGUCAAGCAGUGGGCACUGUCUUUCUCGCCCAAGACAGUCGCAAUGAUGCGAUACCUGCGCACAUCUUCCACGAAAAUCAAGUCUGAUACACCUUCCAUGUCAUUAGAAAAGCAGAAGACCGGAGACGCUGGUUAUUUAUUGACGAAGGCCGAUGAAUUGAUCAACUGGGGGAGACAAGGAUCACUUUGGCCUUUAUCUUUCGGUCUUGCCUGCUGCGGUAUUGAGAUGAUGCAUACUUCAAUGCCUCGUUACGAUCAGGACCGACUGGGUAUCAUUUUCCGUGCUUCACCUCGGCAGGCAGAUGUCAUGAUUGUGGCUGGUACAGUAGUCAACAAAAUGGCACCAGCAGUGAGACAACUUUACGAUCAGAUGCCCGAGCCUCGGUGGGUGAUCAGCAUGGGCAGUUGUGCGAAUGGCGGAGGAUAUUAUCACUACAGCUACAAUGUGCUGCGUGGGGUGGACCGAAUCGUACCAGUGGACAUAUAUGUGCCCGGAUGUCCACCAACCGCAGAGGCUCUUCUGCAAGGUAUCUUUCUUCUUCAAAAGAAGAUGCAGCGGACGAAGGUGACGAGGAUGUGGUAUAGGCGCUAA